GGCGUGCCGAGCGGCAUGCUGGGAGCGGGGAGGAACGCAGAGUGUCCAGGGGAAAGAUGGCGGCGGUCCUAUUCUCCUUGAGAUGGAGCGGCUCCGUGCUGAGGACAGCGGGCACCGUACAGGUGACCCGAUGUGCUCAGACAGCCGCAGCGCCCGCAGCAGCCGCAUCGGCCCGCAUCAAGAAAUUUGCAAUCUACAGAUGGGAUCCCGACAAGACUGGAGACAAACCGCGCAUGCAGACCUACGAGGUGGACCUGAAUAAGUGUGGCCCCAUGGUCCUGGAUGCCCUUAUCAAGAUAAAGAAUGAGAUGGACCCCACGUUGACCUUCCGCCGGUCAUGCAGAGAAGGUAUCUGCGGCUCCUGCGCCAUGAAUAUUAAUGGCGGCAACACUCUGGCCUGUACUGUAAAGAUCGACACUAACCUGAGCAAAGUCUCCAAAAUCUACCCCCUCCCCCACAUGUACGUGGUGAAGGACCUGGUGCCUGAUCUCAGCAACUUCUACGCUCAGUAUAAAGCCAUCGAGCCGUACCUGAAGAAGAAGGAUGAGAGCCAGCAGGGGAAGGAGCAAUACUACCAGUCCAUGGAGGACCGCGACAAACUGGACGGACUGUAUGAGUGCAUCCUGUGUGCCUGCUGCAGCACCAGCUGUCCCAGCUACUGGUGGAACGCGGACAAGUACCUCGGGCCGGCUGUUCUCAUGCAGGCUUACCGCUGGAUGAUCGAUUCCAGAGACGACUUCACAGAAGAACGCUUGGCACAACUGCAGGAUCCCUUCUCACUGUACCGCUGCCACACCAUCAUGAACUGCACCAGGACGUGUCCCAAGGGUCUCAACCCCGGCAAAGCGAUCGCAGAAAUCAAGAAGAUGAUGGCGACCUAUAAGGAGAAAGCCGCCGUGGCAUAACACCCCCCCCCCCCCCCGAGACUUCCGAACCCAUCGAACGCACAACAGUCCCUUCUCCACUAAGAACUCCCUGCCAAACUCCGCCCACCACGACUCCAGUGGGCAGGGCCUUCCCAGCGCCUUUUAAUUGUGGUUUCUGCCUCAUGCCUGUAGAGAAGUCCCUGAUUGGUUGAUUGAAUUGUUACGCUUCUUUACAGUGCUGAGAUUAAAGCGAUCAGUGUGUAGCCUGAAUACGUCUGGGAGAAUCGCCGUUAUUUUUUAUAGAUUUUUUUUUAUCUCCUCUGAGGACAUCGCGCGUCUCGGCCGCUGGAAGCUCAUUGGUUGGUGGAAUUCAUUCGAUGGAACCAGAAGAUCCGGCUCGGCUCGCUUUGUUUUUUUUUUUGCUUUAAUGUAAAAGUUGCUGCUUUAGGGCGCAGAUAAUUAAUAUACUGAGACUGACGCGUGUCGUCCGUCUGUGUGACGUCCUCUCAUCUGUCUGUGCUGCUAAAAUUAUCAUAAAAGAGUAUAAAAUAAAAUAUAAAAUACA